AUGGUUGUUCCAUCCUCAGUUGAAGAUGAUGAUAUGCACGUGAUCAAUGAGUUACCAGGAAUAUUGAAAACUAGUUCAAUAAAUGCUUCGUCAAGCGGUACACAUAGUACAACAGAAUCAUCAUCUACGAAUGUCAAUGAAUUACCAUUCGAAUUAUUGUCAGGUGAAGAUGUCAUUCAUCAUUGUUCAUCAGCCGAUGGUCUUCUUUAUUUGACAUGUUACCGUCUAUUCAUAUAUUCAAAUGAUAGUGGUUCAUUUAUUAAUUGUCCAACACGUUUAAUCGAGUGUCUUGAAAUCAAAGAUAAUCUAUAUUUAUACGUUCAUUGUAAAGAUAUUAGAUGUUUUCGUCUGACAUUUUUUACCGGAGAAAAGUGUACGGGGUGGUUCAAAAAAAUUUCUGAUGCAAUCGCACCCCCACCAACAAUUGAAGAUUUAUUUGCUUUCAAAUUUGCGCAAGCAACACCUACAGAACAUACAGAAAGACAAACGCAACAUAACAAAGAUCGAUUUCAAGAAGAAAUUUCAAGAUUACAAUUAGAUUCAAACACAUGGCGUUUAACAACCAUAAAUAAAAAAUACAAACUGUGUGCGAGUUAUCCUGAAUACUGUAUUGUACCAGCAUCAAUUACAGAUGAAGAAUUAAACGAAGUGGCCAAAUUUAGAUCAUACAGACGAUUUCCAACUGUUGUAUGGAGACAUCAAAAUGGAGCUGUUAUUGCUCGAACUAGUCAGCCUGAAGUUGGAUGGUUGUUUUGGCGGUCAAAAGAAGAUGAAAAAAUGAUUGCAGCUAUCAUUGAAUCUUGUUAUACGGAGCCUAAUCGUGAACCUGGUUCAAAUCGUUUACUAAUACUUGACGCUCGUAGUUAUGCUGCAGCAAUUGCAAAUCGUGCCAAAGGUGGAGGUUUUGAGUAUCCACCAUAUUAUGCAGAUUGUGAGGUUCAAUUUAUGAAUUUACCUAACAUACAUGCAAUUCGAAAAAGUGCACAAAUGUUAAGAACUUCAAUAGCUAGCGGAGCCAACGGAGAAUGUUGGUUAUCACAACUAGAAUCAACUCGAUGGCUUCACAAUAUAUCCUUAUUAUUAGCUGCAGCUAGUUUUGUAGCAACAACAAUCGAUAAACAAGCACGCCCAGUUUUAGUACAUUGUUCUGAUGGAUGGGAUCGUACACCACAGAUUACGGCUCUUGCUCAGAUUAUGCUAGAUCCGUACUAUCGGACGAUUGAGGGCUUUCAAACUCUAAUUCAACGUGAGUGGAUUGCAUUCGGACACAAGUUUGCUGAUCGUUGCGGCCACGGAGUUGGAGCUACCGAUCCAAAUGAACGUAGCCCGGUAUUUCUUCAAUGGUUGGAUUGCGUUUAUCAAUUGCAGGCACAAAAUUCAGUGUCAUUCGAGUUUAAUGAAAUGUUCUUACUUAAAUUAGCAAGUCAUACUUAUACAUGUUUACAUGGCACAUUUUUAUGCAAUACCGAUUUUGAACGUUUCACAUGGAAUUUAGAAAAGAAGACACAUAGUGUAUGGAGUCUAUUAAAUAUGAAAUCAACACAGUUAAUAAAUCAUUUAUUUGAUGACACAAAGAAGGAAGUUUUAUAUCCCUCUUAUUCUGUACGCGAUUUGAAAAUAUGGACUAAUUUAUAUUUACGUGAUACACGUUUUACACCAUCCAUUCCGUGUGAAUUGCCAUCGUCUACUUCGUCAUUAGUACCUCGUUGUCGUUCCUAUGAAGAUCUAUCAUCUUCAGCAUUAAACGGACUCCAUCGUUCAUCAUCAGAUCCAUCCUUGAGUGGUAGUAUGGAGUCUUCAAUCACACUACGAACAGGAACAACUCCUCCCAUCACUAUAAGUAAUCAUAAUGUCGGUAUGACUUUACAACAUCAGAAUAGUGGUCAUUUGCUAAACUCAAAUUCAUCAUUAUCAAACAGUUUAUUUGGUCCUCCUCAUCAUCUUGGCGGAGCUUUAUCACAAAAUGGUGAAAGUAAUUCAAAUUUGUUACCGACAUCAAACAGUACCACGACACCAAAUCAAACAACGGCAACAAAUUCUCUGACAAAUGGACAUUGCAGUUGCGGGGAUCAGCAUUAUUUGAGUAAUGGCCAAACGAUGGAUGAUUCAUCUUUAGACUCAGCGCCAGAUAUUACACAAUUAGCACUGUCGAUGCAAAAAUUUCCGUUAAAUGUCAGUGCAGUAUUACGAACGAUGUCAACACGAAAACAUACAAAUUCAACAUCGAGUACAACAUCCAGUUUAUCAGAAGCAUGGUCUCUACCGAAAAUAUCAUCGUUCGAUAAUAACAAUACUCCACAAAAAAUGUUGCACCAUUUAUCGUCGUCUUCUUCAUAUGGCGACAGGUCAGUAAAAUCUGUUCGAAAACGUAUUGAUAUCGAUGGUUUAACAAAGAUAAACGAUGUUGCCACAUCAAGAAUGUUACAAAAAGAACGAACAUAUGUGGUACGCAAACAUCAUUGCAGACGAUGUGGAAAUGUGUUCUGCCACAACUGUGCAAGACAUUAUAAACCAAUUCCAACAUUGAAUUUACUAAAUCCUGUACGUGUUUGUGAUACUUGUUAUUCAGCAAUCGAAGAUAAUUCUAAUUUAACAACAUCUUCGAGAUGCAGUCCAGUAAUGCAUAACACAUUAUCAUCAUCACCAAAACAAAAAGAUGCAACAAUUAAUUUAUUAGCAGCAGCUGCUAAUACAACAGUACCAGUACCAAUCCAAACACAAGCAAACGAUUGUAGAAAACAACAACAAACGACGACAUCAACCACAUUCAAUUCAACAAGUCAGAAAGUGAGAGGGUAA